UCUGAACUGAGCAGUAUGGACGGCGUUCCUCUGAAGAUGCCUAUCUUACAGGAAAUCAGAGAAGACGUCAGAGUCAUUGUCCCUGAUUAUCUCACCAUCCUGCAGGAGACGGAGUAUGAGUUCAGUCUGGAGAACUGGGUGCUCACUGGGCUGCAGAAUGGCUUCACCAGCCAGCACCGGCCUCAGCCCGCCACCUCUUCAUCAGGACUUCUGCCAUCUUGUCCUCCAUACUGGAUGAUGUUCAGCAGCCCUCAGCAGAGCCGCCUGGCCAGCCGCCACAGCUCUGACUUCUGGGAGCCCAACCCUCGACAGCGCUCUCGCAGCCUCAACCCCGCUGUCCUGCGCACCAAGUUCACCAUCUCAGAAUCUGAGGACAAAGGAGAGACAGCUGCAUGGAAAGCCCAGAGAUGUGUGUCGGUGACAAGGAGUUCCAGUGGAGAACGUCCCACUGCUUCCAAUCAGCGUGGUCAGCAGAAAGCCUUCGUCCCAGACCUGCUCAACCCUCCGGCCUGUCUGAGCAGCCUGCCACACCAGCGCAGGAAGAACCUGCGACAGUACUCCCUCUCUGCGCUGGAGACGUCAACACAACAUAAUCCCAAUGCACCCAGCCAAGGCCAGAGCCUGUCCUCACACAGACCCUCUAGCAACAGGACCCCCACCACCAGAGCCAAUACAGUUCACCAGCUCCCCAGCAUUACCAACCACAAAACACCAGGUUAUAAGAGCUUCACUAGGAUUAGCAGGUGGAAGUCCUCUGAAAAUGACUUUCGCAGCAAAGCUGCAUCUCAGGGUCAACCUGCUCCGACCUGCUCCCCCCGGGGUCUCCCUUCGUCUGGUUCGGACUCGUCAGCAGAGCUCCUGUCAGCUCUGAGCCCGGAGGAGAGGGAGCUGCUGGGGGCCAUCACAGCACGGGGCUACCCCCUCCGUACUGCCAUCAUCGCCCUGCAGAAGACGGGCCAGCAGACGCCAGACCAGAUCUUGAGUUACCUGGUGGCGUGUGACCACCUGUGUCAGCUGGGUUAUGACAUGGCUGAGGUAGAGGAGGCUCUGGAGAUGUUUCAGAACUGUGAGACAAAGGCCGAGGAGUUCCUUCACCUGCUCAGUCAGUUCCAUGAGAUGGGCUUCCAGCAGAACGCCAUCAAGGAAGUGCUGCUGGUCCACGAGAACCACCGAGAGCGGGCCCUCGAGGAGCUGAUGAUGCGUGUGGCAUGA